CACCCCGAGUUUAUUGUGAGCCGGGUUGAUUUCUCAGUGGGGGGGUUUAUUUGCCGUCGCCCGGAACAGAAAGCUCGCUGUCUGACAGCAGACACAACAUUACGAGUAUGUCCUGAGCUUGUAUUUAGCGACGGAAUUAAACAGAGUUAGGCUUUUUCAGAUGUAGCUUGUUAGCUAGCCGCGUCGCGUUCACUGUACACACAGCUUUUUUUGUUCUGCUCCCGAACAGGCUUUGCAUGGCAAAUUAGCACCAGUGUUGAGCACAGAUAAGGCGCAAAACAGCGGCUGUUUUGUUGAAAAACGUGUCAAGAGUAAUCCCUGGUCGUCAACCUCAGCCCCGGGGCUAACCCCCGGUCGCCGAACGAAUUAAUGGCCGGAAAUCCGAGGAGGGGCGCCGGUCUCAUCGGCCUAAUGAAGGACGCCUUUCAGCCCCACCAGCAGCCUCCCCAGCCUCACCAACCUGCAGUGGUCGAUAAGAAAAUGGUGGAGAAAUGCUGGAAACUCAUGGACAAGGUGGUGCGUUUGUGCCAGAACCCAAAAGUGGCAUUGAAGAACAGCCCACCCUACAUCCUGGACCUGCUGCCAGAUACCUACCAGCACCUGCGCACCAUUCUGUCCCGAUACGAGGGCAAAAUAGAGAUCCUUGGGGAGAACGAGUAUUUCCGCGUGGUCAUGGAGAACUUGACCAAUAAGACUAAGCAGACCAUGAGCCUUUUUAAGGAGGCCAAGGAGAGGAUGUAUGAGGAGAACUCCCAGCCCAGGCGGAACCUGACCAAGCUGUCUCUGAUCUUCAGUCACAUGCUAGCAGAGCUAAAAGCCAUCUUCCCCAACGGCUUAUUUCAGGGCGACAACUUCAGGAUCACCAAAGCUGAUGCUGCUGAAUUUUGGAGGAGGUCAUUUGGGGACAAGACCAUUGUGCCAUGGAGGACGUUUCGUCAGGCACUCCAUGAGUUUCACCCCAUCAGCUUGGGCUUGGAGGCCAUGGCUCUCAAGUCCACCAUCGACCUCACCUGCAACGACUACAUCUCUGUGUUUGAGUUCGACAUCUUCACCAGGCUCUUCCAGCCGUGGUCGUCUCUUUUAAGGAACUGGAACAGCCUGGCAGUCACACAUCCUGGUUACAUGGCGUUCCUCACCUACGACGAGGUCAAGGCUCGACUGCACAGGUUCAUCCACAAACCUGGCAGCUACAUCUUCAGGCUGAGCUGCACUCGGCUGGGCCAGUGGGCGAUCGGCUACGUGACAGCCGACGGGAACAUCCUGCAGACCAUCCCCCAUAACAAACCACUUUUCCAAGCCCUCAUUGAUGGAUACAGAGAGGGAUUCUAUCUGUUCCCAGAUGGUCGUGCACAGAACCCAGACCUAACAGGGCUGUGUGAACCUUCUCCACAAGACCACAUCAAAGUUACUCAGGAGCAGUAUGAGCUGUACUGUGAGAUGGGCUCCACUUUCCAGCUUUGCAAGAUCUGCGCAGAGAACGACAAAGACGUGAAGAUCGAGCCCUGCAGACACCUGAUGUGCACCUCCUGUCUGACUGCAUGGCAGGAGUCGGAGGGUCAAGGCUGUCCAUUUUGCCGCUGUGAGAUCAAAGGCACAGAGCCCAUCGUAGUGGACCCCUUCCACCCGAAGGUCAGCGGGGCUUCCUUUGCUGGUUUCCAGGGGUCCAGCAGGGCAGAGGCUGCCUGCAAUGAUGAAGAAGAGGACGAUCGCCUGGAGGACCAGCACCUUGUCAUGAGCAGGCUGGCCUGUAGCAAGGUAGAGCGCCCACCAUCUCCAGUAUCUCAGCUGCCUCCAGUGCCCCCCCGACUGGACCUCCUGCAGCAGAGACCCUGCAGCUCACAGGCUCAGGGAGCCACAGCGAAGAUGGCAGCCACACACAGGGACAAGCCUCUACCUCUGCCUCCAGCCCUGAGAGAGCUUCCCCCUCCUCCCCCUCCGGAGCGCCCCUCCCUCGUCGGUCAGGACUCCAGACUCCAGAGGAGACCCCUGCCCUCCACCCCUGACCAGCCCGCCUGGGCUUCUAACUACAUGGUCCCACGCCCGGUAACCAAGGCCCUGUCAGCCCUGUCCUCCAGCCCUCAGAGCAACGGAGCCAGUGGAGAGGGAAGCAAACCCCAGGCAGCUACUAACGCUGUCUACUGCCUGGCUGCAAGAUCUCUGCCAGCUUCUGCCGGGUCGAGUGGGGAGAAGCCGUCGUCGGACUGUGAGGAGAAUGAAUACAUGAGUCCCACCUCCCUGCCAGCCUCUGGUGCUCCCUGGGUCAUAACAGGCUCCUUGGUGCCCCCACCACCGGCCCAGGCGAACCACCACAAUGACAUCAGCAAUGAGGUGGGUGACAGUGACUCUGAGGACCCCCAAGUCUAUGAGUCCAUGUGUAACAUCCAGGCCCAGGCCGGUUCCUCUGAGGCAGCACAGACCUCUGACCUCGACCACCCUCAAAAUUCAGCCACCGUUUCCCAGGACAAGAAGGAGGAGACCAGUGAGGAGGAUGUUUACGAGUAUGACUGUCCCAGACCGGUCGCUCCCCCCGCCCCCACCAGAAGAACCCUGUCAGAUAUGAGCGGCCCCUCCGCUGCCUUCAGCACCCUCAGCAUAGAUGGUGCAGUAGAAGCCAGUAUGUUUGCAGCAGGUGUCGACCCUGAACGUCCCCCUAAACCUCUCCCACGGCGAGCCAACUCUGACCGGCGGCCUCGACCUGUAAACCGUGAAUAUAGUGCUCCGUUGCCAGACCUCCCUGGUCUCUCCUCCUCCUCCUCCUCUGCCUCCCCUCCUCCUCCUCCUGCAGGCCAAGGAAGCCUGGCCCUAAACGGGGAGAUUGAAUGCCUGAUGUCCCAAGGCUACUCCAUCCAGGACAUCCAGAAAGCCCUGAUGAUCGCCCAGAACAACCUGGAGACGGCCAAGAACAUCCUGCGCGAGUUCGUCUCCAUCCCCUCUACCGCACACAUCGCCACAUAGUCGCUCCAGGCACGCCCAUCCUCUCUCUCUGUCUCUGUCUUCACUCUGUGCCAUUACCAUGGAUAGCAUUUACCAAGCACUUUCCUGCAGGGCCACAAGUACUUGCCAAAAGGUUUAACUCUGAGGAGCAAUGCUGCGUUCACGUCAUAUCAGAAGAUGCAGACGGACAAGAUCAUCAUCUGCAUGGUCUGGCCAUUGAAAUAUCAUCCAAAGUCAUUUUUAACAAACUGCAACAGGUAUUACUUACUUUUUUCAGUGGAGUUUUAGUGUGAAACUGUUAUUUUGAUUAUCUUGGGAUGCUGUUACAAAAAUGCAAAGUGGCCUCAAAAUCUCGUUUACUCGUAGUCGCCAUUUGAAGAUUGAGGUUUUUGGCCCAGAAGGAGCGUGAGGCCUCCCUAUAACGGAUACAUUCAUUGGUUGGUCAGUUCAGACUUUUGGUCCAGUUUGUUUUCUAGGAGCAGCUUAGUAGAAGCAGACAAGUCCGAUAUGACCUGAAUGCAGCAUGCACAGAGAGAAGGAGCCUUUAAAUGUGAGCUCUCUGUAGCCAAGCUUUGACCCUGUUGAACUCUGCUGAGGUCCACUCGUGCUGUGGCAGUGUUUCCCCUCAGUCUGAGUACUUCUUCUCUCAUUAAGCUAAAUGUUGAAGCAACGGUGACUUUGAUCAGUAGAGGGACCCUGCGGAUCCUUGUUUUUGACUCGGUGUCCCGCUGCUGGCAGCCGUUAAGUUUGGUGCUUUACGGGCUUCUUGGCAAAUUGUGGCAUACGAAUAUGUAGCGACACGAGUUUGGUCGGAAACGUAGUGAUUAACUCUGUGGUGUGUGUGUGUGUGCGCUCAUGCUGAUGAAUGUGAAUGUUCAGUUGCAGUAUUGCAGGGCUUCAUGUCGUACGCGUCGCACUGUGGCUCGCUCCAUUUCGAUGGUAUUUGACAAGUUGACUCCAUAUUUCCUCUCAGCUCCCGGCUCAAUGAUGGGCCCAUGAGGAAAUAAGAUUAAUGUGCAAGUACUCUCAUGAGAUGUCGUGCUGUGUGUAGUACUAACAAUGGCUGAAGUUUAUUUUGUCAUUUAAUUCCAUCAUUGCCUGCCACCAUUCAGGUGGUCUGACACUGAAAGCUGGUUUGUUUACUUAAAAGCUUCUCUGUACUCUUAUAGUUCCUUACUAAAAAGAAACAGGACUUUAACAUGUGCUGUCAUAUUUGUACCCAGAACAGCUUCAGGAGGUUCUGAGAGGUCAGACUGAAGGGAUUUAACUGAGCUGUGAAGCAACAAACUGAAGGUUGACAUGUGGACUCAGGUACUCAGGCAUGAGCCAGGUUUGAAUGUACUGAAUGAGCAGAUGCUACAGGACACAUAAACAUGAUGAUAUAAUGUUGGCAGCGUUGUGGAAGAACACAAACUCAUGACUCACUCCCUCCUCCAAGGAUUGGAUUUUCUUUCUUUUUUCUCUCGUAUUACAUUCAUAUACAAUCACUAUAUUUAAUAAUUUAAAAUCAGCCUCCUGAGGCCCAAUCUCCUCCUCCAAUUUCAAGUUCUGGAGACGUCUAAUGUGGUUACGAUAAUGUGUCUAUCAUACAACAUAUCACAUGCAACUGGAACAUUUCAGUCACUGAGUAGUUCAUAAAAUUUUGUUAUGGGAUGAAUGUUGAAAAUACCAAUUCACCAGCUGGUUACAACCUUCUAAGCAACUUAUGAGAUAUUAGAGUUGAUCAGCUACUUUGAUAGUUAAUUGCUUAAAGUUGUAAUCCUUAAGAUUUCAGUCCUGGUUGAUUUGGCGACACCUGUAGUUAUUUGUGGUAACAGUAAACAUGGUUAAAUACUACAGCUCACAGUGAUCUGUAGUGUCAGGCUGUAAUUGGCCUGUUUCCACCAUUCUGUGAGCAGAUUUGAGUCUGCAGACAGCAGCACACACUGAAACUGAGAGGAGUUUGUUACCUGGCUGAGAAGUUGGCGGUGUGCAGCCUGCAGCUCUUCAUCUCACAGCUCACUGUGGCUCCUUUUUUUCCAUUAGUCCUGCACUAUUUCAAACAAAUCCACUUUACAUGAUGCAGUUUUUGAGGAACGAUAGCAGUCAGUGCUAAUCUCACCGACAAACACGCAUUUCUGGUGACUCCUUCAUGAUAAAAGUCACCUUAUGCUAAAAGCAGCAGGAAAUUUUGUGUUAGCACUAAUUUACUGUACUGUAGCUGUAAUAUCUCAACAACUACAUGAAGGAUUGCCUGGAACUUUGAUGCAGAGAUCCAUGUUUCCACAGGAUGAAUUACACUAAUUUUGGUGAUCUCCCAACUUUUGAUCCAGCAUCUGAAAAUUUCAGUGCAUCCAAGACUUUAUGGCUAAAUGCCUACAAAAUGAAUCAUUUUCCCAUCAGCCUCAGCUGUACUAUAACGCCCUACUAAAAUGGUGAUCAUGUUAGCAUGCUUACGUUAGCAUUUAGCUCAAAGCACCACUGUGUGGCUGCAGAAUUGUCAUCGUUUUUAGUGUCUUUGUCUUUUGACUGUCUUGUGAGUUCUUAUCAUCAACAGGCCCCCCCCCAUAAAUAAUACUAUGAAAUCAAUGAGUUUGAGUCAUACCACUGUCAGUAGACGGCCAUCAGUCAGACUUCAUUCUUGUCCACUCUCCAACAAAAUAUCCAAAUUAACACAAAAUUGAAACAGAUCAAACUAAAUAUUUAUGGAUUUCACUCAGGUUUGUAGAUUUCUUUCCAGUAGACCAAUAAUGAGCAGCUGACGCUCCCUGACUUUCAUGGUAUCUCACCCCAUCACUGACAUUUUGAUGUCAUAUUGACAUGAGGGCCUGUAUAUUAACCCAACCACAGGAUCAAGGGCUCAUUUAGGACAAAGAUGAAAAGAUGUCUGGGUCAGAGCUGGGAGUCUGAUCACAGUCCAGGACUACAUCAGUGUAGAAUACUAAUACAUUGUUAGAGAAGCCGCAUUUACAGUAAGAUGACUGUUCCAUAUUAAUGCACACAUUUAGGAACAGUGACAGAAACAAGACAGGGCUGAGUGUCUCGUUUCCACUUUCACAUGUGUCACAACAGAUAAAAAUGUCUCAAGUCUCCCCUUUAAGAGUGCAAUUUCUCCUUUUCCAAAAUAGGUUCUCAACCGUCACUUUCGACUUCAGCAGCAACAUAUAAAUGUGCCUUCUGUCCAUCGCAGCCUGCACAGACCAGCAGACAACCAAAACAAAACAGUUCCUCCACGUUUACUGCGUCACUGAAAUGCAAACCCACACAGUUCCUGUUUUUAACUGGUGCCAUUUUCUGACCGUGUUCACUUCAAAUAUAAUAUAUCAAGAGUUUGGAGUUGGUUCUCCACAUGAGGUCAUCUGAUACACAGACCACGCCACCAGAGAUGUCAAAAACAGAUCAUUAGAGCUCAACAAAUACUGGAUUUUUCUUUUAGGUCAAAAUAUCUCAAGAGUUAAAUAAUAACAACUGUUAAGGACAUUUUUCAUAAGGAUAUGUACUAAACUGGACAUUUUACAAUUGGAAAAAUAAACUUAUCAGUGCUCCCUGGUGGACAAACUAUGUAAUGACAGUUUCUAAACUGAUUGUUGUUACAGCUGUAUGCUGCAUUCACCAAAGGGGG